GUGGGAAUUGACCAGAUUUGUAACAUGGGUUGCUCGUCUCCAUUGCUUUCCCUCUUUUUCUCUGUAGGACUGCUCAUGCUAGCUGCAUAGCUUAUCGCUGACAAUAUUUAUCACUUAAGAUGUGUGUUCCUUAUUGUUUACAUCAAAUCAGUGCUUAACACACGUGCCAAGAAGCUUUUAGUUUUGUAUGUCAGCCUUAUGUCUAGGCGAGACAGCAGAGAGCCUGUCCUUUGUCAUUCAUUUUCUCAGCUUUGCCCCUGAUUUGCAGAGGAGUUCAGUGCUCCAGGGAAACUUUCCAGAAUGAUUAUUUCCAUAUGCCAGUUCCAAUAAUGUUGAGAUAUUACUUCUGUGCAGAGUUUUGCAGUGGAGAAGUUCCAGAGUGUUAAUCCGUGGCUUUCCUUUUGCUUGCUCCUGGUGUGGUUGGCAGAGGGGAAUGGCUGUGAGAGCCUGUGGCUUGAUCAUCUACAGGAGGCUGCAACCAGCACCGUCCUCUAAGGUCACUGACAGCAUCGAGUACCUCCUGCUUCAGACAUCCUACGGGACCCACCACUGGACCCCACCCAAAGGCCAUGUGGACCCAGGGGAGGAUGACCUGCAGACAGCCUUCCGGGAAACACAGGAGGAGGCUGGUCUGCAGGCCAGCCAGCUCACCCUCAUCGAGGGCUACAAGAAAGAGCUGCACUACCCUGUCCGUGGCAAGCCUAAGACCGUCGUGUACUGGCUGGCAGAAAUGAAGGACUGCAACACAGAAAUUAAACUGUCAGAGGAGCACCAAGCUUUCCAGUGGCUGAAGCUGGAGGAUGCCUGCAAAUUUGCGGAAUAUGAGGAUAUGCAAGCAACGCUGAAAGAAGUGCAUCAGUUUCUCUGCUCCAGAGAAUAAGUGUUUUUGUGAAGUAUAAGGGGAUUUCUUGAGGAGACAGGUCUGCUUUUUAUGUUUCAAACUGGAGAAAGCAUUAUAUGAUUGCAGAAAUGUAGCUUUUUUUUUUUUUUUUUUAAUCUGUAGAGAUUCAGUGAGAAUACAUGGAGCUUUUAAAGAAAUUGUGCUUUUGUCUCUAGCUAGCACAAAAAAGCAUAGUCUGAUUGAACCAUAAGCCAUAGAUGUCUGAAUUGAAGCCCAGAGCUAACAAAAGACUUCUUGUGUCUUUUUCUUUUUCUUUUUUUCCCCCCUUUCUUUUGCUUCCUUGAAGUGCUGAACAACCAUUUCAGGUAUUUUUGAAAAAUGAAACACUUGAUAGAUUUUGACUUGCUGAUGUAAAGCUAGAGAGUUGGGAAAAUGAGCAUAUGGGGAUUUUUAAUAACAAAACACUUACUGCAGAAGUCAUACUUUGAAUUUCAAAUGAGAAAGCAGUAGUUCUAUUGCCACCUCUUUCAGUGAUAUGCAGUGAUAACUUGUCAUAUCAUUUCAGGUCUUUUUUGUUUGUAUCAUGUAUUUAUGUACAGCCCUAAUGUACUGUUGUGAGAAUAUUUU